GGUCACCCCGACGUCGUCCUCAGGCCUGGAACAGGGACCAACCGGAGAGAUGCGAGAAAGCGAGAGGCAGCUAUAUUAAGUCCGACAACUAUCGUAAAUAUGUCCUUCGAGGUGGAAGCCGAACCCAGCGACGUCUCAGCCGAGCCCACGGAGCUGAAGAAGCUGCUGGAAUGGGAGCUGAGCCUCGACUCGGGCGACCUGCGCUCGCACGCAUGGUACCAUGGCACCAUUCCGAGGGCGCGGGCCGAGGAGGUGGUGCUCAAGGAAGGCUCCUUCCUUAUCAGAGACUGCAUAUCUCAGCCCGGCGACUAUGUGCUAACCUGUCGAUGGAAUAGCACUACUCUGCAUUUUGUCAUUCAGAAAACUAUAGUUCAGCCUAAUACUGUAUAUGAAAGGAUUCAGUACCAGCUAGAGGAUGAUGCCUACGACACCAUACCUGACCUGGUGAGGGCCUAUGUGGGCAACAAGAGACCCAUCACCAUCUCAUCAGGUGCCAGAAUCACCACACCCAUUAAUCGUACACAGCCCCUCAGUUUCUAUGCUUCCAAGUAUGCAGCUCAGACCGCCCACACUUUUGCUCAUGGAACUCUCAGCAGGCCCAUCAAUAGGACCUCUGAGCCCACACCGAGGACUGGAGGACUCCCUGGGGGCACACUAAGGCACCAACAUUCCUAUAGUGGCCCUGUUGCUGUAGGAUGCACUGUAGUAAGAAGUCCUGCACAUUCUCCUCCAAGGAUGCGUCGAGACACAGCACCAAUAUUGCCCAUGAAGACUAGGAGCAGUAGUACCUCCAGACCACCUGACGACCCUCCUGAAGGUGGAACAGAAAGAAGUGUCAGCAACGAUGGGGUGAUUGGCCCACGCCCCCCUGUAGUGCAGAGUAAAUUUUCCUCAGUGUCACUGCCAAGGAAGAUGACAACGAAAGCCUUUACUGUAGCAUCUGAACAUCCAUCCACAGUUCCUGUAGAUUCAGGUCAAGAUGAAAAUGUAACAUCAGAAAAAAAAGAAGAACUAGCUCAUCAGCCUCCACCAAAGCCUUCAAGAGUACCAUCCUUUAAAGUUAAACCAAAGAAACCACCACAGACAAUAACAAAUGAGCGAAUUUAUGCCGAGAUUGAUGAACGUGAUGAGGAUGAAUCUAAGGAUUUAAAGAAACACAUUCCUGCUGAUGACUUAGUAACACCAACUGAAACAGAGAGGGGGAAGACUGAGAGUACAACAACACUGACGGACACGGCAUCAAAUCCUCGUUACUCACGUCUGUCUGAAAUGUACCAGCCCUCGGGCUCUGACUCAGGAAAUGGCUCUGGUGACUCUGUACAGACUUCUGCCAGUGAUGCCAGGAACCGUGAUAGCCAAGCCUCCUUUGGUGAUAGUGGCAGUGUACAGUUAGAGGAAGAUUCGAUGGUUGAAGAGGAACCAGUACUCUACAGCUUGCCGGAUAUGCUUCCAACUACAGCCUUCGAUUUGGAAAAUUUUAAUACUCUUCUAUUAAACUCAUUAGAAAACAAACCUUUGGAUUCCACUGCACUUAAAGGUGUCAAGAACACACUACUAGAAAGUGGCUCAAGAAUCUUAGCUGCCCAUCUUACCCGUGCUGACCUAGAACUCUUGAAUGGAAAGGCUGAAAGUGACUUUGGCCUUGGUGUGACUUCAGGCAUUGAGCUUGUCACUCUACCUCAUGGAGCUCAGCUUCGGACUGAUCUGAUUGAAAGGACAGAGUGUCUGAAGCUCUUGGUUGCAGUGACCAUCCUGAUGGCAGGUGACCUUAAUGAGCGGGCAGAGAUUAUCCACAGAUGGAUACAGGUAGCUGUUGAUACUAAAACAGCAAUGGGAAAUUUGUAUGGAUUUACUGGCAUCAUGUUGGGCUUGUGUAUGCCAGAGAUCCAGAGGCUGACAAACACUUGGCAUACAGUGCGGCAGAAAUUUACAGACUCUGCCUUCAAUUUUGAAUCAAAGUUGCGCUCAACUCUAAAGGCCAUGAAUGAGUGCACAAAUCCACAGGCACCUAAUACCACCAUCCCUCACUUACUGCCCUUUAUGCUGCUAUGUGAACGAGACUUAGACGAUAUUUAUGCAAUGCAUAAGCAUGGUUCUUCAAUCCUUCAGUGGGAGAGCACAGCAGCAGACUAUGGGAUGCUAAUGCUCUUCACACACCUUCAAGAAGCCAGAGCUAUCACACAAAACUUGAGUCUGUACAAGCGAAAUUCAGAGCACAUCCUGUCAGACUCCAACAUCCUCGAUGAUCUCACUUUAGAUAUGUUCCGUUCAGAGUUUCACUUGAAGUUCCUAUGGGGUAGCAAGGGUGCUACAGUUGAAAGCGAAGAACGACAUGUCAAGUUCCAGAAGGUUGUCAGCACAUUGUCAGAGAGAUGCGAGCCUUCCCCAGGUGCUUCAUGAAUUAUUAUGCUCAAUUAAAGAUAUUCUUCCCAGUGCUAUAUGUAGCUGAAACAGUUUUAACUAACUGAAUUAAUUAAUAUCAGAUUUGUCCACACUGAUGAUCAAGAUGAAUUUUGCACUGUGAUGGCAUUUAAGAAAUUAGAUGGCAUGGCUUCAGUAUGUUACAUAUAUCAGUAGAAAGAACAUUCUCAAAUGACAUCAGAUGUCAGACUUUAUAUUGUAUUUUCUAGGAAAAUGCCAGUUUGGUGUAAUUCCUGUCCUGCAAAUACUUCAGUUCAUUUUUAUUUAUGAUAUACUGUGAAAAUUAUGAGAGAAAUUCCUUUGGUGCAGCCUUAUCAAGAACCUGUUGAAUGUGCUUGUGUGAAUGGCUCCAUAUCUCCUUUAAUGUUGUCUACCAAUUUGAGCCUGGGAAUGUCCAAUGUGAUAUGAUUUAAUGAAUCAAGUAAAAUUGUACUUGCUAAUACUAAGACAGUAUUUAUUGUUGGCUCAGCUGUGAUUUUAAAUGACUAAUAGUGGUGACACUUUCUGUAGAAAACAGGCAUAUGUCCUUUCAGUCAACAGACAAAUAUAGGUGCAUUUACAGUGUCAGUAAAUUAAUAGAAGCUUGGUCAGCAGAUAUACUAAAUGUUUUAUCAACAGACAUAUGUUAUGUCUGGGCUGAAGUAAUGAAUGUAAGAGUAUUUUUUCUUUCUUUUUUGUACAAAAAAGUCAAAUCAAUGCAUAACAUGAAGGUGCUUAUCAACCUGGUCAAAAGUAAGAAUAGGUUUAUCCAUAGUGGGACUAUGUAUGAACAUUUCACUAAUCAGCUAGGAGAGUAAAUUACACCCUUGCAAGUCAGCCACUCACAGACCCACUAUCCUCUUUGAAAAAAGGUUUAUUAAUCAUUGGCAUGGUGAUUGGUCUGAUGAUUACUCAUGAUCAUUUUUAUACAAUAGGUAGGGAAUGUGCUGCUUUUAUCUUAUGUAGGGCCAUGAAUGUUAGUAAGUGGACUGACCUCACUCUGAAUUUGAAUGUACUUAUUGUAAUUUCUUGAUUUUUUUCUUUUGUUUCUUUUUAUAUAUGAUACAUAUUUUUUAAAUAAGUACUUAUAAACUGCAUAUUAAUAUUUCUGUCCUUUACACUCACUACUGUUUUGUAUGUAUUUAGCUUAUUUAUCAGUGUUUCCACCUGAACUUGAAUCUGUGUUCCCUACACAUACUUAAGAGACAUAGCACUAAUUAGCUCUAGUCACAUGGCAUGUCAGUAUGGCUGUCACUUUCUAUUGUAUAUAACUGCAUGACUUUGUACUUAUUGUAAAUAUAUGAGGAAUACAGUUUAA